AUGAACAGUGACCACCUCUCCGUUCUUACGAACCAUAUUUCCAAAUCCCUCGAGCUCAACACUCCCUUGGACGAGCAAUUGAUCCAUUCGGCCUUGUCCGAGCUCGGUGCCACGCGAAUCACUGCCGCGGACUUUGGCACCUUUCCUCAAACAGUCUACGCAUUGAUCGAUUCGCCCCACUUGGCUACCGUCGACCCUAACUUGGCUAUCCGCAACGUCAUUUCGGCAGUUUUAUCCCUUACGACAACGUUCGAAACCGUCAGCACGCUAGUGCCGCUUCCGUUGGUGCUUAAGGGUCUUAAGGCUCCACCUUUUCAAAAGCUCAUCAUCGAGGAUGUUGUGGCGCGCAGUGGCGAUUACUUAGCGGGUACUGAGGUUUACAGGGCAUUGGGGGCCCUCUAUUUUGACCCAGAAACCGCCUUGGAUAUUGUUGAGUUGAUCCAGAACACUCUCGUGCUGUUGGUGAAAGCCCCAAGUAACCAUCUUGUGCGCAGACGGAUCGGUAGCUCCGCCGAUGUAGCACAAAUUAUUGAUGCGGUGGUGCUAACUGGAGCCCUGCUCGGGCGAAUCCGGCUCAUGGACUUGAUGCUAUCGUUCCUUCCGUUGUUCCCUGAGAGCCAGUUUGCCACGCAGUGGUACACUCACCAGCCGUCAGCGUUCCAGAGCGAAGAUGUGUUGUUUGUCGGGAAUUUGAUCCGAUACUACACUGGUUUGUUGGAUAUUGUGGGAAUGAACAGAGAGAUAGUAUUUCCUGAAGGUUCUGCGAUUCCCAUGACCUGGCUCCUCAAACGAAUCGAUUCCCAGAUUGACAUUCUCGGAGAAAUGUACGCUCAGCGCGCUUCCAACGAAGACGUUGAAAUGUUCUACGUGAACGAGCUCACCCACUUUUUGGCCCGGUUGUCCUACGUGGAUCCUGUUCGCAUGGAGCAUUUGGACAGAAACUACACCAUUGUGGAUGGCUCGGAGUUGCUUUUGAGUAUGGCCGACCCAGCAUAUCUCUAUUCCCAGCACAAGACGCUCGUCGAGGAUGCUGUUCUAUCUGCACCGGCGCUCAGAGCCAAACUACUUCCAGUAUUUCUCAACCUUCUCCUUGAUGCACGGUGGUUUGGGGAAAUCGCCGUCACGGCGUACUUGGGUGCACGCUCGUUGAACGCUUUGCAGUAUGACCAGGUGUUUCGUGUGAUGGAUGCGCUUACACGAACGGAAUAUGGGGUGCGGUUCAUGGUGGGGACGCCGUUUUUGAUGAACGAUUAUGUGUUGAGUAACAGGUUUGGAAAGGAGGCUACGGGUGUGGUGUUGAGCCAAGAAAUGUUCCAGGUGAAGCGCACAGUGUUAGAUCGGUUGAUGGGAGAGAGGCGGGGGAUGGUUGAGGGGGGAAUCUGGUGGGAGAAGUUGUGCGAGUAUUACAAGGUGUUUGUCACCGGGGAGAAGCGCGGAGAGGCGCAGCCAGCGGUGUUUAGCACAACGGGAUAA